UCAGGUUGAAGCUUCACGUCAGCGUUUGUUCAGUCAGCAGGAGGACGGUGGAGGCUGACAAACUGGACGUGCAGCUCUCGACUCGGCUGUUUGUUUCCCUUCAGAUCGACAUGGCUGAAGGUGGCAGACUGACAGUGGACGACAGGAAGAAAUAUGGUUUUCAACAGAGAAGUGCAGCUGAUGAAAGUGUUCCAAGAAAUCUGACAGUUCCUUUCAAGGGUCACAUCUCAGGUGGGAUGCGUCCAGGGAAAAAGGUGGUUGUGGUUGGAGUUGUGGACCCCCGACCGGACAGGUUCUACAUGGCUCUGACGUGCGGCUGUGGAACGUCCAGGGAGCCUCCUCCUGAUGUGGCCUUGGAGCUCUGCGUCCGAUUCAGGGACCGGCAGGUUCUGCGACGAGCCUGUGUAUCUGGAUCCUGGGGUGACAUCGACAGAGCAGUUCCUUUCUUCCCUUUCAUCAGAAACCAGCCUUUCAGGAUACAGUUUCACUGUGAACAAACUCGCUUUCGUGUGCUUGUGGAUGGACAGCAGCUGUUUGACUUUUACCACAGAGUGACACCGCUCAGCGACGUUGACACGUUAUGGAUAAAAGGCAGCAUCAGCAUCACCAAACUGGCUUAAAGAGGAACAGUACGACAACUUCCAAAGCGAAGCGGAAAUCUACAGGUUGGCCCCUGUUGGCUGGACACUAUACAGGUCAUGAGCCACGCACAUCCAGAAAAGGUCUUCCAAAGCUGAUUUCUGUCCUGAAGGUGGAUUUCAUCAAACUACUAUAUUUAUAAUCAGUUUGGUUUUAAUAAGUUAUUCCUGAUGUUAAACAGGGGGCUUGGCUUGGCAACAAUGACAGCUGAAAUUAAAUCACUGUCAAAUCAAACACUUCAGAUAUAGUGUGAAGUGAAGUAUGAAAGACUUCCUCUACCACACAGUAUGAUGUCCUGCUGCCAUCCAUAAACAAAACAAAUGUGUACUAGGGUAUUUGUAUAUCUUUUGUGUUUUUUUUCUAAUUCAUUGUGUAUUUUGGUAUAUGUUCAAAAUUAAAUGGGGUGAAUGCACAUGAA